AUGAACCAAGUGAAAACCCGCGUGGUGGACGGUGCCAAUUGUUCCAAGGACCUGAAGUUCAGCGUGGAGCGCAUACUGUCGGACGAAAUUUCCUGGAGGAAAACAGAUGUGCUUAGGCCGUUUCCGGUGCAGUUUUCCACGGUCCGGUGCCCCUGUCCCGGAGGUUGCGUGAGGUGCGAGGCACUUCGGAUAUGCCCUUCGUCCUUCCCUUAUCCUCAGACGGUACCUGGAAACUAUGGGACCAGCAAUCAUGCGAACGGUGACAAUUACGCUAGCAUCUAUCGGCCCGCUCCGCUUCGGCCAGUGCCCAGAGUGCCGAUGUCCUCUGCCCAGGCGCCGGGCAAUCAAUCGGAGUCAAGCACCAGGAGGAAACGAUCCUGGUCCAGAGCCGUUUUCAGUUCUUUGCAGCGCAAGGGAUUGGAACGAAGGUUCUCGUUGCAGAAAUAUAUUACCAAACCCGACAGGCGGCAGCUCGCCGCGACUCUCGGCUUGACCGACGCGCAGGUAAAAGUUUGGUUCCAAAAUAGGCGUAUGAAGUGGCGACACAUGAAAGAGAGCGAGACCGCGGUGCUGAAUCCGAAUUCGCAGAAGGACGUGAGCAGAGCGCCGAUAAAAGAGAGCGCGAAAAGCGCGGCGAUUGAGAAAUCGGAGGACGAGGAGGAUGUCGAGAUCGAAGUCGACGUGUAA